CUCGGGAUUUGUCUGCCCCUCCUUGGGGUCUGUUUGUGUCCCGUGAGAGGGCCAGUGAACUGCCAAAAAAAUGGCGUCCGUCGGGUCGAACACCAUUAAGGUGGUCGCUCGAUUCCGUCCCCAAAACAAGGUUGAACUAGCCUCCGGAGGCAAACCGAUCGUCGAAUUCGAAGGCGAAGAGUCAUGUAGCAUCCAGUCCAAUGAAGGCAUGGGUGCCUUCACCUUCGACCGGGUGUUCCCCAUGGAUACUGCGCAAGACGACAUCUUCAAUUUCUCAAUCCGGCCAACUGUCGACGACAUUCUGAAUGGUUACAACGGAACGGUGUUUGCAUACGGUCAAACUGGUGCUGGAAAGUCGUAUACCAUGAUGGGAUCCGAUAUCGAUGAUGAUGUGGGCAAAGGUGUUAUUCCGCGUAUUGUCGAGCAAAUAUUCGCCAGCAUCCUCACCAGCCCGAGUAACAUCGAGUAUACCGUGCGAGUCAGUUAUAUGGAGAUCUACAUGGAGAGGAUUCGCGAUCUAUUGGUGCCGCAGAAUGACAACUUGCCGGUACACGAGGAGAAGGCUCGUGGAGUCUACGUCAAGGGAUUGCUGGAAGUCUACGUCUCGAGCGUGCAAGAGGUCUACGAAGUGAUGCGCCGUGGUGGAAAUGCACGAGCCGUGGCUGCGACCAACAUGAACCAGGAAUCCUCUCGAUCCCACUCCAUUUUCGUUAUUACCGUCAGCCAGAAGAACGUUGAAACCGGAUCGGCCAAGAGCGGUCAACUCUUCUUGGUCGAUUUGGCUGGUAGUGAGAAGGUCGGUAAGACGGGAGCCAGUGGUCAGACCCUGGAGGAAGCCAAGAAGAUUAACAAGAGCUUGAGUGCCCUUGGUAUGGUCAUCAACGCUCUCACCGACGGCAAAUCAAGUCAUAUCCCGUACCGCGACUCGAAACUCACUCGAAUCCUCCAGGAAUCCCUGGGUGGUAACUCUCGGACGACCCUCAUCAUCAACUGUUCGCCCAGUAGCUACAACGAUGCGGAGACCAUCUCGACCUUGCGUUUUGGUGUCCGAGCCAAGUCCAUCAAGAACAAGGCAAAGGUCAAUGCGGAACUCAGCCCGGCCGAGAUGAAACAACUCUUGCGAAAGGCUCAAAGCCAGGUGACAAGCUUCGAAUCCUAUAUUUCCGCCCUGGAGAGUGAAGUCAGCCAAUGGCGUGGUGGUGACAGUGUCCCGAAGGACCAGUGGACCCCUGCACGGGGUAAUGAGAUUGCCAAUGCCGUGAAAGCUGAGGCUCGUGCCCCUCGACCAGGAACCCCGUCACGCCUCCAGGAAACUGCUCGUGCCGAGACUCCACGCCCCGACUCUCGCGUUGGAGACCGUUCGAGCACACCCAGCCUGGUGCUGGAGAAGGACGAACGGGAGGAAUUCCUUCGCCGCGAGAAUGAACUGCAGGAUUCACUCGCCGAGAAGGAGACCCAUAUCGCCAAUGUGGAGCGCAGUCUCCGGGAGGCCCGCGAGGAGCUCAAGUCGAUGAAGGAGAAUGCUGGUCGGUCAGGCAAAGACAACGAGCGCUUGGAAACCGAAGUCAACGAAUUGCGAAUGCACCUGGAGAAAGUCUCGUAUGAGAGCAAGGAGGCAGCGAUUACCAUGGAUGGUCUGCGAGAGGCGAACUCGGAGCUCACUGUCGAGCUGGACGAGAUGAAACAGCAGCUCCUCGAUGUUCGCAUGAAGGCCAAAGAGACCACCGCAGCUCUCGACGAGAAGGAAAAGAAGAAGGCCGAAAAGAUGGCCAAAAUGAUGGCCGGAUUCGACCUCGGCGACGAUGUAUUUUCCGACAACGAACGUAAACUACAAGACCUGAUCGCCCGUGUGGAUGCGCUGCACGAGAUUAGCGCAUCGGGAGAAAUCAUUGCACCCGAUGACAUCCUUGAGCUUCGCACAAAUCUGUUGGAGACACAAGGCUUCAUCCGACAGGCCGAGUUGACCAUGAAUGAUCGAGGUGAAUUUGGUGAGCUGCAGGACAGCCGCCGGGCAGAUCUGGAGAAGAAAUUGGACGAAGUCCAACGAGAAUACGAAGGCCUCUUGACUCGCAACUUGGGCGAAACCGACGUGGAGGAGAUCCGCGAGCGGCUGGAAAAGGCUUUCGUCGACCGAAAGGAGACCGAGAGCGCCGCAGUCGAGGAGCUUCGAACCCACAUCACCCAAAAAGACGAGGAACUGUCCAAGCUGCGCAAAUCCCUUGUCGAUACCGAGUCCCGGACCUCGAGCAAUGGUGCCGCGAGCAAGACCCUGCAGCAGCAGAUUGCCGAAUUCGACGCCAUGAAGAAGUCUUUGAUGCGUGACUUGCAGAACCGCUGUGAGCGUGUUGUCGAGCUCGAAAUUUCCCUGGACGAUGCUCGUGAGCAGUACAACAACGUGCUUCGAUCGUCGAACAACCGUGCCCAGCAGAAGAAGAUGGCCUUCUUGGAACGCAACCUGGAACAAUUGACGCACGUCCAGCGACAGUUGGUGGAGCAGAACAGCAGUCUGAAGAAGGAAGUUGCCAUCGCCGAGCGAAAGCUAAUUGCACGGAACGAACGCAUUGCCAGCCUGGAGAGCUUGCUUCAGGAGAGCCAAGAGAAGUUGACCCAAGCCAACCACCGAUUCGAGGCCCAGCUUACUGCUGUCAAAGAGCGCCUGGAGGCUGCGAAGCAGGGCUCUACCCGGGGCCUUCCCACCAUGGACGGCAACGGGAGUUUCAGCUUUGGAGGAUCCCGCAUUGCGAAGCCGCUGCGUGGCGGGGGUGGAUCGGACGGGCCGACGAAUGCGACCGUCGCGGGCGUACAAUCGCAAGAGGCGCCGGGCAAGCGCACGAGCUGGUUCCGCAAAUGAUCCUACAACACCCUCAGAAGAGUGUUCGUCCGUGGCGAUGCUACUCCUGAAACUCGACAGCUGUCUGCCAUGGGCACCGGACAUCUUCCAGUUUGUCCUGCUGUCACUGGCUUUGGGCUGAUCGUGAUCUCUUCCUAACGCCGUCCUACGAGUCUCGUCUCAUUUCCUUGCUUUUCCUCGUGGCUCGUCCACUGUGGC